CCUUGUUUGUAAAUGAAUCCAAAGGAAUCCAAAAAAAGUUAUGUUGUAAUAAUUUGGUCAAGAAUCUAGAUUUAAAUAAAUUAAAAUGGAUUUAAUUUUUUAUCCAUUUUAGUCUAUUUCCAUUUUCUGGAUGUUAUACUUAACUUGCCUAUCCAAAUUCUGAAAAAAAUAUAGAGGUUAAAUUUAAAAAAUGUUAUCACUUUUUCAUAAAUUUAGCUUCGAAAUGCCUGGUUGUGCUGCACCAUAUUGUACCAAUUCAGCCGCUAAAGGGUACAAAAUGUGCUAUUUUCCUACAAAUCAGGAAAGAUGUUCUGUUUGGGUUGCAAAUAUGCACAGAGACAAUUGGACGCCAACUAAGUACUCGACGUUGUGUCAGGUCCAUUUUGCGCCAGAGGCUUGGGAACAACAUCGAGCAGAUGGAUUAUUAAAAUUAAAACAAAAUGCUGUACCCACGUUGUUCGGUGAAUUAGUUCCAGGUUCAUCACAGCAGCCGUCUGUGUCGCCAUUUAAAGGCUGCAAUAAAAUAUGUAGCAGAACUCAAGAGAAGCAGUUUGUUGAUGAUUCACUGUUACAAAAUACAGUUCCAGCUGCGCAAAAUAAUAAUAAACUGAGUGAAGCCAUAUCGUUGGACCAUGAAGAUAGCGACACUAAUGUAAGCAGUGAAUCAACAGCAUCUGAGAACGACAGAAUAUUUGUCAAAGUACAGAAGACAACCAUUAGAACAAAGAAAAAUACUCAUACUGAUGCAACUGAAAAAAAUCGAAAAACUCGUCAAAUGUUUUGAAAAGGCAGACCGACUUCGUCAAAAAAGUAAAAAAAAACUGCUUCAAGCAAAGCGCAAGAUCAAACGUCUUGAGAAAGAAGUACAUAUUAUGAAGAAAUUUCCAGAUACGCUUUGUAAUGUGUUUAAUGAAGACCACAUGAAGCUUCUGAGUGGCGAGUACAAAAAAGUAUCUUUUUGGUGCAAUAAAACCUUGCAAAAUGCGUACAGGUAUAAAUUUGCAUGCGGUACUUCAGGGUAUGAAUUGCUAGUCAAGGAGUUGAAAUUUCCUUCGGUAAGAACCUUAAGUCGACGACUUGAAAGCUUGAAAUUCAAUAGUGGUAUAUUGCAUGAAGUUUUUGAAUUUCUAGCCAUAAAAGUGUCACAGUUUCAAAAUGAUUUUGACAAGCAUUGUGGCGUAUUUUUAGACGAAAUGAGUAUUACUCCAAGUAGUACUUAUGAUACGUCUACAAAAACGUUUUUGGGGCGUGUGACUCUUCCAGAGUCAAGUGAAGGAAAUGCUACGCAUGCUCUAGUGAUAAUAUUAGGAGGUAUCGCAAGUAGAUGGAAGCAAAUAGUUGCAUACUAUUUUACGGGAAGAUCUCUAGACGGUUCGCUCUUAAAACCGAUAAUCUGUGAUAUUAUUACAAAGGCCGAGGAAAUUGGAUUACGCGUACAUA